AUGGCCCACCGUCUCGUGCUCAAACACGUGAACGUGUCGUGGGCAAAGUACCUUGAGACCCACGCCAACGCUGAUGCGAAGAUGGCCGAGCUGUUCGAGGCGAUGCACAACGCACGUGACGAAUAUGCAAGCAACCCAGAGAGAUUCUGGCAGACAGUCAAGUCGAAUGUCUCUUGGGCCCUGUUCCUAAACAUCAGCGAGAUCUAUGAUUUAGCUGAGAGUAUGGUCAUUGCGGCGCGCAACUUCCUGGACAUGCUGGAGGAUGAAGGUCGGCCGCGCGCCAUUCCAAGAAAGAAGCUUCCUCAGCUCGUACACGAGUGGGUCGAAUGGCACGACGCGCUUCGUCGUCAGUCGCGAAGUGUCUCCGUGGCGCUGUCGUUUGUACCAGAUCGGUUUCCCCCUGCCGGUCGUAGAAGGCUAUCCAUCUCAACCCUAUACGAGGAUGCAGACGAAGAGUCAGUCGAAGACUCGGACGAAUAUUGUGCCCAUAACAAUGGGAAAUCCCUCUCUCCGGACUCGCCCCAACCAAUUCAAGAGGAAGCAAGUGACACUCUGUGCAACACGGCUAGCCAUACUGAUAAGAGACCAAACGAAGCACAGGUGCCCAUCUCGACGGGUGCUUCUCAGCCCUUCACCAAGGGAUCUGAGACAAAUCCUGUCAUCUCAACAGCUAGAGAAUCUAACGUCCCUGACUAUCGACCACGUGCUUAUUCGAACAGCCACACAUCCGUUACUGCGCCUGGUUCUCCAUUGCCCUCCAGCGUUCGUCUUGCAAGGAUACUCACGGAAGAUCAUCAACAGAUCAUACAGUCCGUAGAAACAGGCUCCCCCACCAAUCCAUUGACGUAUGCCUACCGGGGUAGGGCCGAUUCACUGACAGGUCCUGGCUAUCCUGUAGUGUUGAGAAGACGUCGACUCCCGAGCAGCUAUCCCACUCAGCCUAACUACAACUUGAGAGCUAGAAGAUCGCUUGGUGCUACUACCGGUGGGAAUCGAAUUCAGAAAUCGACUGCCGUAUCCACAGCGGUGCCAAAGAGUGUCGCUCAAAUUGUCUCAUGUGUCGGUGCAGCUGCAAGCGCAGGAGGGCAGACAGAGAGUGCUGCUGACAAUCAAGGGGACAAGCCUUCAGAAUCCCUUGAUGGUGACAUUCCCAGGGCGGUUUUACGCGGUGGUUGGACCACAAGUCUAACACUCAGACCUCGACGACAGAUUACGAGGCCACGCUCUCCGACACGUCGUCAAAAGUGA